CACCAAAAUCAGUGGGGUAAACGCCGGGGGACAUUUACUAGAUUUUAUUACGAAUCAGAUCAAAAUAAUUACAAAGUCGGGGGGACCAAACCUAACCCGAGGAAUAAAAACAAAGAUUACAAUCGUAAAGAAGGAAUGCCAAAAAAAUCCAUCCAAUAAGCCCUUUUAGCCAUUAUCGGAAGUUGACCCACAUUGGAUAUAACAAUUAAGGAGUCCGUCCGGUUUUGGGCCAUAUGAUGUGCGGCCCAAUUUCCCUCCCGUUUUGUAUGGCCCAAACGCAGCUCCUUCCUAAAACAUAUCUGCAAACUUUCCUGAAUCUCAUUCUCCCAUCGUCUCCCUUCCUUACCAUCAAAAUAGCUUAGAGCCAGCCAUGAAUCCGUUUCUACCUGAAAUCGGGUGUAACCUGCCUCCACCGCCCAGCUCACAGCGAAGAUAAGGGUUUGAAUCUUAGCUUCCAAAGGCGACCGAGCAGUGAUAGGAAAGCUAAUCGCAACCUCCAACUCUCCCUUCCGAUUGCGCAAGAUAGCACCUCCGUUGGCUGUACCAGCUAGCUCUUUUACCAAAUGGAUCUACGUCAUUCAGCCAGCAGUUCAGACUCAGCACUUUAUAGUUCAGCUUCAGACAAUAGUUUAUGAUUCAAACAAUAGCGCACAAUUCAGACAUUAGACUCCAGCUGCAGCUCGUUAUGCCAAACAUAGCCUAAUUCUUAUUCUACAUAUUAGUCUUGGUGUCAAAUAAAUGUUACAUAAAACUAAUGGGGUAAUCGAACUACAGAAGCAUAAAACAAAAGUGAUGUUAAAGUAUGUUGAUCAAAUUAUGGGCUAUUUGGAACUGAUUUUGCUUCUGUUUCUUUUUUAUAACAGAAGCAGAAUCAGUUUUCAGAAGUGGUCCCCCCAUCUUCUUAAAAAACCGCUUCUAGGAGAAAAUUAGAGUAGUAGAAGUAUUUUAACACUUUCACAUAAACACUACAACUUCUGUUUCUAUUCCUUGAAGGAGCAGAAACAAUUUUAAAAAUCAGAUCCGAACACGCUCUAUAUCGAGUAUCGAUCUAUAUGGACAAUAACUAGGAUUGCCUUUUUCAAGACUUUGUCAUUGUAAAUUCUAUAUAUUUUAUGUCUUGUAAAUUAUGUGGACACUUGAAAGAAAAAAGUAUAGAACUGUACUUCGUAGAAAGAAGAUUAAAGUUUCUCUUGCCAUAAAAUCAAGUCAUACUCAAUCCGUAGUUAAUUAAGAGUGAUGAAUGUCUCUUUGCAUAGUAACUUGAAAAACGAGAAGCAAUUUUAUAUGAUAUUAUUUAUAUGAUAGUACGGAGUAGUUUUUAACGAACAACUUUUUCACUCUGGCACAAAGAAUAACAAGCAAUUGAGUUUUUCGUGAGUUUUAGAAAAAAAAACACUUGUUGUUUUAGAAUUGUAAUCCCUAAUUAAAAAGCUAAGAAGAAAAAAAUUGUAUGAUCCCGAAAACAUAACCAUUGUUUCUUUUCUUUGUGUCUAAGCAAACCAUAGAGCCCCGCUUGAACUGUCAAUUUUAAAGUGGAAAUUGCUUUGUGAUUAUUUAGUGGUUAUAUAUACACCCAUGCUAUGAUAUCCAUCAUUUGCCACAGCGGUAAAGAUAUAUGGCUCUAGCUAGCUACGAACUACCAUGUUAUUUCAAUGACGGCCGUUGGCAAAUAAUUAUUGCUUUGAUCUUUCUUUGUCGAUAUUACACCUUUGGCAAAUAUGGGAGUGGCUCUAAGUUCUAACGAGAACACUAUUUUAUGAAAUGAGAACAAAUCCAAUGAUCAUAAUAAAUGAACGACAAAUUGAAAUGACGGUUUCAAAUAAUAUGGUGCACUUCCUCACAUGUAACAUUCAUUUCUACCACUAACAAUUUAGAACACCGGUCAUUGGAGGGCACAAAUGUAUUUUAAGUGACUUGUUACCUUUUAUGGAAUUUUUAAAGUACAACUCAAAAGGUAUACACCUUGUGGGUCGUACCCAUACGUUUAGGAUUUGCACUUCUUGAAAAAGAGCAAUCAUUGUAUAAGUGGAGCUUAAGAGUUAAGAGUUUAUAUCUUUAUACAAAUUAGAGGAUUGGAAACAACGAGAAUACAUUAUACGGAGUAUGAAAAAAGAUGACCAUCUUAGAAGAUUUAAUUAGCUUUGAGCUCGAUUAUAUAAUUUCAAACGUACAUCUGCAUAAGAUAUAAAGUAAAUGCAAAAAUGUUUAAUUUUGAGUAGUCAACUGUGCAUUUAUGAAAGGUAAAUGUGCAUUUGCAUUAUGUGCAUUAGAAAAAUCGGUUACAUAUUAGGAUCUCUACUUGUUUCACAAACAAAAACACAUGUGUAUGUUUUAUGUGUUUUAAUUUGGAGUUUUUAUACUUAAGGAUAUAUAAGUGCACGGGAUGUGAAAAUAAAUAUGAAAAAUGUUUUGAAAACUAUCUAGUCAAUGAUGCAUUUAGGUGGAUAGAAAAAUUUCCAUUAUAUAUCUAACACGAAUUUCAUAUAACACGCACAAUAAUCAAUAUGUCCCGCACAAAAAAAAAUAUUUAACUAAUGAGUAAAUAUCAACAAUUUGACGUGCAUGAAAUGAUGUUGAAUGUCAUACCGAUGACCUAAUAUUCAAUGCACAAAAAGGUGUAAAAUAUAAAAUGGUGAAUAAUAUUCAUUCAGUAAAAUGAAAAAUAGUAUGGUAUUAAUUGCUUUAAAAAAUAACUCAUUAGCUACAAUACGUAAGUUGUUUGAAAGUAGAUUCUAUGGUACCCAUAAAGUAUCAUACCUUUGUCCACAUGGACCAAUGAGAAUGUAGCAGUUGAAUUAUUUAAAUCUAAAGUAAAAAUGAUAAAGUGAUGCGGUCCAAUCAAAUGAAUGGUAGGUACGAUACCCAUUUUUUAAAAAGGUACCAAAGUUGUCACCUUGUUUGAAUUUACACAAUGAUGAUCAGUCAAAAACUUACCAAAUUAAUUCCCUGUGAAUGAUUAUCAAAACACUCAAAAAUAAAUGAUUUUAAUCUUAUUUGGAUGUAGAGAGAUGUACAACCAGGAUGUCCUCUCAAUUUGUAUGUUAAGAGGUGUUUAUUAUAUAAUUAUAUAUAUUGUAUAUAUAUAAUUAUGUAAAAUAAUAAAUUAAUAAUUUUUAGUGAUUAUUAUUAUACUCAAUUUUAGACUUGUGACAAUGACGUACGUGAAUACGGAGUAGGUUUUAGUGACUAUUAGUCUAUUAGGAACUCAUCAUAGACAAUAUUAGACAAAAGACAUGCUCAUGAAUUUUCCUAAAUAAGUUUCGUCCCAAAAAAUGAAGUAAAUAAGUUUAAUAACGAUAUCGAUUCUUUGUGUUCUUAGUUUCAUUUGAAUUAAGAGUUUUUUCCACUUUUAGUCCUCCGACUAUUAUGACAUUGACAUUUUUGGUACUCGACUUUGUUUUUUUUUCAUUUUUAGUCCUUGACUAUUGCGCUAAAGACACUGUUGAUACCCGUCUUUGUAAAUUUCCAUAUUUAGUCCUUCAACAUUCAUUAAAGUGACACUUUUGGUCCUUCAACUAUUAUAAUAGUGACAUUUUUAGUCCUCCACUUAUUGUGUGAAAAUCAUAAUGAGAGGACCAAAAGUGUCAAUUUGACAUUACUCAGAGACUAAAUGUGGGAAACCUUAAAGUCGGAGAUUAAAAGUGUCUCUAGCACAAUAGUCGAGGACUAAAAAUAGAAAAGUUAGAAGUCGAGUAUCAAAAAUGUCAUUGAGAUAAUAGUAGGGACCAAAAAUGGCAAAGACUCUUUGAAUUAAUGUUGUGAUGAGAAAAGUGGCUGCUCCAAGUCUCAAAUCCCAACUCUCGGUUGCAGCACCGAGAGUUGAACAGUGGACAGCUCCUCCUCCAGGCUACAUUAAAUGUAAUGUAGAUGCAGCUCUAUUUGACAAUGGCAGAAGGUCUGGUUGCGGGGUGUGUGCUAGAGACUGCCGUGGACGCUAUAUUAUGGCACGAACGGAGUGGUGGAAUACAACGUUCAGUCCGGAAGAAGCUGAAGCUUGGGCUCUUAGACAGGCCAUGACAUGGAUGAUUACCAAGCGGUAUAUAAGAGUCAUUUUUGAGUCGGAUUGCAAACGACUUGUGGAUGACAUACGAGCUGACCGUGAUAUUCAUCUGGAGUAUGGGUCUUUGGUGGAUGAUUGCAGGUUGCUGCUUAAGUCCAACAACGAGUUUCAAGUUGUUUUUACUAGGAGACAAGCGAACAAUAGUGCUCAUGCUUUAGCUAGGGUAUCUAUUAAUCAUGCUUCUCCCAAAGAAUUCUUUUUUAUUCCAUUGUAUUCUUCACAUUAUCAAUGAUGAAAUGAAUUAA